AUGGGGUUUUUUUGCUUUAGAGGGCAGCCUGCCUCUCCGCCGACAGUGCCAACAGACACGAUCAUUCCUUUCCACUUCUGGGAUGAUGACCACCAUACGCGAGGCCUCUCAUUUGAUAUUGCAUUUCGCUUUGACGACAUAUUGGACCAUGAGAAACUGCGGCGUGCUCUAUCCCGGCUCCUCGAAAUUGGGGAUUGGCGGAAACUCGGCGCUAGAAUCCGUAGGAACACAGAUGGGGAAUUAGAAUACCACGUUCCACAACAUUUCAACGUCGAGCGACCUGGCUUUGCAUACUCAACAGCUACAUAUAGCAUGAAUAUAGCCGACCAUCCACAAGCGUCGCGUUUAGCUCAACCUCAUGAUCUUCAUGCUGCCGGUCGCCCUUCCGUUUUUAGUACUGCAUAUGCCACUACGCCAGAGUUCAGGUCCUUCAUCCGGACUGCAGACUUCCCCGAUCGCUUGGAAGGUUGGCUGUGCUCAGAUAGCCCCCAGCUGGCGAUUCGAAUUAUUAACUUCCAGGAUGGUUCACUAAUUACUAUUUCUUUCCUACACAGUCUAACGGACAUGAUAGGCCUUAAUGAUAUCCUGGACGCCUGGACCGCGGUGCUGCGCGGUCAGGAAGAGCAAGUAAAACCCUUUGUCGGAUUUUCUCAGGAUCCGUUAGCUGGCCUUAGCAGGACGAAGUCAAACUCGCUACAAAAAUAUGUGUUUGCUGACACGUUACUCAUGGGCUUUGCAUGGUUUUUGUUUGCGUUGCGCUAUAUCUUGACAGUUGAAUUGUUUUGGCAGCGCAGGGAAGAGGACCGUGUCAUUUUCUUGCCUGCCAGAUACUUGCAACAGAUGCGAGAAGAGGCUACAGAAGAGCUUACAUUAAAAAACCAUGGUGAUAGCAGCAAUCCCCCCUUUAUUAGCGAGGGAGACGUUUUAUUUGCUUGGUGGACAAAAAUAGUCCUCCAAGCUGAAUCGCCGUCUCCCAGCCGCACGAUCAACAUGCGGAAUACAUACUGUUGUCGGUCGAUUUUAGCAGAGCUUGGUCACAUGCCAUCUGCCACUUCCGCAUUAGUAACCAAUGCUGUAUUUGCAACUCUGACGUUCCUAUCCGUUCGCCAGGUUCUCGAAGAGCCUCUAAGCUUUACCGCAUCCGAAGUCCGCAAGUCUCUUAUACAACAACGAACCCCAGAGCAACUCCGGGCACUGGACGCUAUCCAAAGAAACACUCUCGACAAUGCACAUCAUCCAGCCCUCUUUGGAAACCCUAAUAUGUAUAUGAUAAUGAUAUCAAAUUGGGUCAAGGCCAAGCUUUUUCAGGUGGAUUUCUCUGCUGCAGUCCAAAGAGAAGGUAUGUCACUCGACGAGCGGAGUAAUCAGCUGGGUAUGCCGUCUUGUAUCCAGGGUACUGGGACUAAAGGAUAUGCAACACGAAACACCGGCGUGGUGAUAGGAAAAGAUGCCGCUGGAAAUUGGUGGCUAUUGUAUACUCUACGGAAACAAUCGUGGCCGGCGGUGGAAGAGCAAAUCCUCUCUAUGUCGGGUUAA